AUGACACCUGACGACUCUUCUUCAGCACCUUCUACAGCUUGUCCUCACACAACUUCCUCCUGUAGUCUUGAUGCUUCAAUUGCAACUGGAUCAAUGUCUGUACCGAAUACCAGAAAUGCUGUGCAGUCAUUGACUAGCUCACCGUCCUCAUCACCGAUUGCGUCUCGCAUCUAUCCGAAUGAGACACCACCUACACAAGCACAAAUUGAUAUCGUCAGAUACACCUGGGAACGCGUAUCCGAAAUUCAUCUCGAUACAGAUGAUCCGGCCGUAUCUGCAACACAUGCGUUCGGCUUGGCAUUUUACGACGCUCUAUUCAAAUUAGAUCCUUCAUUGAAACUUUUAUUUACAAACAUAUUUCAGCAAGCUAGAGCGUUAGCUGGCAUGGUGUCCUAUAUAGCGAGAUCGCCCAACGUCACUGGCUCAAAAAAGCUCAAGUCAGCAUCUUCGGUCAGUGAUGGAUGUGGCAUGAGCACUGCGAAAUUGGAAAAGAUGCCAACGAUUCGAGAGAUUAAUGCAAGAAAACGAAAAGAAAUCAAUGCAACAACGUUUGAGGAGCUGGUAUCUAGUGUUACUACCAAUAAUGCAAAAGCAGAGGAUGACGAAGAAGGGGAUCCAGAGCAAUUGCUAUAUAAACUUCGAGAGCUUGGAGCAAGGCACUAUUUUUUUGAUGUGGAGCCGAGAUACCUGGCAUUGGUAGGACCAGCAGUGCUGUCAGCGUUAAAAACGAGAUUGGGAAAAGAAUUCUUGCCAGAAGUAGCAGAAGCCUGGACAAGAGCACAUGCGUAUGUCGCUUAUCAUAUGAAGAUUGGAUUGGAAUCACAAGCAGCUUGGGAACAAGGAAGACGAAAAUCAGCUUCAUUGAAGAUGAACUCUGGUUCAAAUAAUGCUCAUCAAAGCGGCCUGAAAUCAAACUGUUUGAUUCAAUAA